UUCCCCUCUCUCUUAACCACACAACAGUGAAGUAGAAGAAGAUGAAAGAAAGAAAGAAAGAAACCGAGAUCUCAAAUCCGUAGAAAUCGUAGCCAGAAUCAAAAUCAAAAUCAAACCCAUAGUUAAAUUCAAAAAUCACGAUAACCCUUUGAUUCAUAUUAAGUUUUCAGUACUUAUACAGAGAGAUCUCGACCGAUUUACAGUUCGUCAGUUCUGCUUCAGUUUAAAUCUGGUGUCUUUCGUUUCAAUUCAAAGAAGAAGAAGUUUCUUGUUACAAACAAGUUACAAUCUUCUGGUUCUUGGAGUUUAUUUCGCAGUAUGUGAAACUAACUGCCGGUGGAUUGGCCUUUUGGUCUGUUUAGGUAAAUGUUGCUAGACAUCUCAAUAGAUCAUUCUCGUGGACUGUGCUUGAGUACGCUUGUUCUGAUUGCAACAUGCCUGCUAUGACAAAGAGUUUUGAGCACCACAAUUUUGGGCACAUAUUUGACCAGCUUACUGAAGAAAUUGGAAGUCCAGUCGAAUUUGAACUACCAGACUGGGUGAAGAAUCAGAAUCCUAAUACCCACACCUUCAUAAGACGCAAUGUAUAUCUUAGUAAAAAGAUGAAAGGACGUAUUGAAGAUGAUGGGAUAUUUUGUUCCUGCAAAGCUUCAAGUCAAUCUACUGUGUGUGGCAGAGAUUGCCAAUGCGGGAUGUUAUUGUCUACUUGUUCGUCAAAUUGUGACUGUGGUGAUUCUUGUCUCAAUAAACCAUUUCAUCUGCGGCCUGUUAAAAAGAUGAAACUAGUGAAGACAGAGAAGUGUGGAUCGGGAUUAGUGGCGGAAGAAGAUAUUAAGCGAAAAGAAUUUGUAAUAGAAUAUGUCGGAGAAGUUAUUGAUGAUAAAACAUGUGAGGAAAGACUUUGGAAAAUGAAGCACAGUGGAGAAACCAACUUCUACUUAUGUGAGAUUAAUCGAGAUAUGGUGAUUGAUGCCACAUACAAGGGAAACAAAUCAAGAUUUAUAAAUCAUAGUUGCCGGCCUAAUACUGAGAUGCAAAAAUGGAGAGAUAGUGGCGAAACUAGAAUUGGCAUUUUUGCGAAGCGUGACAUUAAAAAGGGCGAACAUCUAACCUAUGACUAUCAGUUUGUUCAAUUUGGUGCAGAUCAGGAUUGUCAUUGUGGUGCUUCAGACUGCAGGCAAAAACUAGGGGCAAAACCUAUGAAGCUGAACGGCGAGCUGGAGGGAGCUUUUCGUUAUAAGGGUUACACAAAUGGAGAUCUCCACAUAGGGAGCUCGCAAUCCAAUGGAGAAAUUUUUUGUCAUAAUUGCAUUGGAGAAAUUAUACGAGUUUUUCGCACUGACAGGGAGAGGCAACCUGUGUCUACAUUUGGUAUUAUAAAACGGUUUGACAACAACUCAAGAAAACACACAAUUAUGUUUGAAGACGGUGACCUCAAAAUGCUUGACCUGUCAAAAGUAGAAUGGGAAUUUGUUCUGUAACAUUGCGAUAUCAUUGUUCAAAACGCUUUAGUUGGAGGAGCCAAUUUGAUGGCAUACAAACAACAGUCUCUUUCCUGUAUCUUAUGUUUACUAGUUUACCCUGAAUCAGAAGGGUAUUAUAGUAAUGCAAACUAGAGUUGAAGCUCGGCGGCAUAGAUUUCUGAAUCAAGCCUGGAUGGCUCAGUUCUGUCUGCCACUUUAGAGAGCACACCUCUUUUUUGCAUCUUCUGUAUCCUAAUAUCAUAGCCACGUUUUGGCUUGACCUCCAUUUCAUCAUGUUCCUUUCUAAUCAUAUGAGACCAUAAGCAGUAAUUUUCUCAUGUACUAUUGGAGUUCUCUUCUCUUCAACUCGGGGCUGCUAAUGGUGUAACAUAUUACUCAAUAGAAAGAACAUUCUGUAUUGUUGUACACUAAAGAUUCAACUAUCAUUCAUCAAGAUUAAUUUUCCUAGUGUAUUAUAGAUCGAAACAGUCUGUCAGAAAAUCUUAUGAUGCGACUGGGAAUAUAUGAAUCAAACUUUAAAAAUGUGCAUCUUUCAUUU